AUGAAAACGUCGAACACAGAAAGAUCAGCAGUGGUAAUACCAAGACAACCACAGAAGACGCUACCCAGAGUUCAUGAAGUCAGUCUUCUGGAGUCUUACCUUCCUUUGGCUCUUGUGUUCCUUGGUGUUUCUGCUAUGACUUAUUUACUUUGGAAGUAUUUUAUCUUCCUUCGUAAAAAAAGACAACGUUACAGAAGAGCUCAUCAAGUAUGUGGUCCUCCAACUUUGGGAGAACAACUCCCUGAUCAUGUGGACGACCAGUAUGAUGGUCCACAUGAAUAUACCUUAGUAAAGGAACGCAGACAACCAAAAUCUGCUCCAAUGAGAAGAACGAAGAGGUUAAAAGAACAGGGCGUUGAUGGCCGUGUGUGUCACCGUACCAUUAUUGAUAUCCAUUUAGAAGUCUUAGACGAAUGUCAAGAAGGGGGCCUGCAUUCGAGGAAAGAAGACUUUUUUGAAAUUUUGGUUCAAGAAUUUAUAGGAUCUGACUUUAUAAAGGAGGAAUUUGUUCCUAAGGAAGAUGUUGCAUAUUCAGGUUUCAGGGUUUAG